GGAGAGGGAGGUACCCUCAGACAGCUCUCUCUCUUUCUUUUCUCUCUGUGCUUUUUCACAAAAAACACUGAAGUGGGGUUGAAACUGAAACAGGGCAAGACUCGUAAAAGGAGUGCAGCCUCUUGCCUCCUUCAUUCUCACAGUUUCCUGUUCAAGGAGGCCAUUUUGUACGCUCAGCCUGGAGAGGAGCAACAACAAAGUUUGUCAUUGUUUUUGUUUCUCUUGCUCUCCCACGGCUGGGGAGUUUCACAACCAAGUUUGGACUUUCUCCUGUGCAGAGCGGCGCCUUUGGACGAGAAAGAGGGAAGAAGGUGGAGGUGGGAGAGCAGCAGGAGGGAGGUUUUCCCCUGACUGUGUUUCUGUUCUCACACACUUUGUUCAUGCAUGUCUUGCCUGGACUGGGGAAGAAGCCUGACGACGAGAUAGAAGAGGCAGAAAGGAAGAGAAAACACUGCUUCCUGGAGAAGGAUUCCUUCCUUGAUCCACUGCUGGGGGCUGGACACAGGAGAAACCGGGACUGUGAGCUCAGUGUGUCCAUGUGUCAGUGCGGGAACCUGCCGUGCUCCUCUGAGACAGUGUGAAUGAGUGGACUUCUCUGAGACUCGUACACUGCACCUGGGUGUGUGUUUGUCACUCCGAAUGGCUAAUGCUAGCCCUUGUAUACCCUCGGGGGCCAUGGCCCAGGUCUUCUUUCCUCCUGGGGGCCCCUCACCUCCAGGCUCAGCUGUAAUGCAGCCAGGGACACCCAUAUCCAUGCCCUCUAUGCACACUCAGGGUGGGUUUUCUGUGAUGGACCUGACCCCGGUGCAGGGUGCCAGUGGGGUUGUGAUGCCUUCGAUGCCUCCCACUCCAGCUGGGGUGUCCUUCAUCAUCCAGAUCGGUCUGACCAGAGAGUCGGUCCUGAUGCCCCAGACAGCUGACCUGGCCUAUGUGAAGCAAAUUGCCUGCUCUAUUGUUGACACCAAGUUCCCAGAGUGUGGCUUCUAUGGCAUCUAUGACAAGAUUUUGCUGUUUAAACACGACACAUCCACCAACAACAUCCUGCAACUAGUUAAAACUGCCGGUGACAUUCAGGAGGGAGAUCUGGUUGAGGUGGUGCUGUCUGCGGCAGCCACGUUUGAAGAUUUCCAGAUCCGGCCCCACGCACUCAAUGUGCACUCAUACCGGGCCCCGGCCUUCUGUGAUCACUGUGGGGAGAUGCUGUUCGGACUGGUCCGACAGGGGCUCAAGUGUGACGGAUGUGGACUAAACUACCACAAGCGCUGUGCAUUCAGCAUCCCCAACAACUGUAGUGGAGCUCGUAAACGUCGUCUGUCCACCACAUCCCUGAGCAGCAGCCAGUCACUGCGUCUCUCCACCACUGAGUCAGUGUACAGUGUGGGGACAACCUCCACCUGUGCAGAAGAUACCAGCCUCAUUCGUUCACACACACAAAUGCCACGGACCCCAAGCGAAGCCCGGCGCUUCUACACAGGCCGACCAGUUCAUCUGGACAAGAUCUUGUUGACCAAAGUGAAGGUUCCCCAUACGUUUGCUGUUCAUUCGUACACAAGGCCGACAGUGUGCCAGUUCUGCAAGAGGCUUCUUCGUGGACUGUUCAGGCAGGGAUUACAGUGCAAAGACUGUAAAUUCAACUGCCAUAAACGCUGCGCAUACAAGGUUCCUAAUGACUGCCUCGGGGAGACCCUUGGAGACAACAGAAGUAACUCUGACAUGUUGAGUCCCAGUGCAGAUCCUGAGGUGCCGAUGGACUACAGCAGUGAGUACGACGCCUCGGACAAGUCUUCGAUAGACGACUCAGAUGAGGCUUGCAGCAUCCCUGGAUCCUUCUCUCCUGACAACAACCAGGAUGGAACCAGUGGAGACCAAAGUGUUUACAUCCCGUUGAUGAGGGUGGUACAGUCGGUGAGGCAGACAACCCGUCGAUCCAGCACAGCUAUCAAGGAAGGAUGGAUGGUUCACUACAGCAAUAAGGACACACUGAGAAAGAGGCACUACUGGCGUCUGGACUGUAAGUGCAUCAUCCUUUUCCAGAAUAACACCUCCAACAAAUACUACAAGGAGAUCCCUCUAUCUGAGAUUCUGGAGUUGCGUCCCGCUGGUGACUUCACUCUCGUUCCCCAAGGCACCAAUCCCCAUUGUUUUGAGCUCAUCACAGCCACUAUGUGCUACUUUGUAGGGGAGGACCCCAACACCCUCCCCUCUCUUUCCCCCAGCAACCCCCAGACUCUCCCAGAGACGCCUCCCUCCCCGAGCCAGGUGGCGCCCAACAGUGGCAUCGGCCGCGAGGUGGCAAAGGCUUGGGAGAGCGCCAUUCGCCAGGCCCUUAUGCCAGUCAUCUUUCAGGAUGCACCGCCAGCUGAGGGGAAGACGCCGCACAGACAAGCAUCUAUCAGCAUAUCUGUGUCUAACAGUCAAAUCCAAGAGAAUGUGGAUAUUGGCACAGUGUACCAGAUUUUUGCUGAUGAAGUGCUAGGAUCUGGGCAAUUUGGAGUCGUGUAUGGAGGGAAGCACAGGAAGACGGGGAGAGAUGUCGCUGUUAAGGUCAUUGACAAGCUUCGCUUUCCCACUAAGCAAGAGAGCCAGCUGAGGAAUGAGGUGGCCAUCCUGCAGAGUUUACGUCACCUGGGCAUUGUGAACUUGGAGUGCAUGUUUGAAACCCCAGAGAAAGUGUUUGUGGUGAUGGAAAAGCUCCACGGCGACAUGCUGGAGAUGAUCCUCUCGAGUGAGAAAGGCAGACUGCCUGAGAGGCUCACCAAGUUCCUCAUCACACAGAUUCUUGCAGCUCUGAGACAUCUGCACUUUAAGAACAUCGUUCACUGUGAUCUGAAACCUGAGAAUGUGCUACUUGCCUCCGCUGAUCCCUUUCCACAGGUGAAGCUGUGCGACUUCGGCUUCGCCCGUAUCAUCGGUGAGAAGUCUUUCCGUCGCUCGGUGGUCGGCACCCCGGCCUACCUGGCCCCGGAGGUGCUGCUGAACCAAGGCUACAAUCGCUCCUUGGACAUGUGGUCAGUCGGUGUCAUUAUGUACGUCAGCCUCAGUGGGACUUUCCCAUUCAAUGAGGAUGAAGACAUCAAUGAUCAGAUCCACAACGCAGCCUUCAUGUACCCUCACAACCCCUGGAAACAGAUCUCCAGUGAUGCUAUUGAUUUGAUCAACAACCUGCUGCAAGUCAAGAUGAGGAAACGCUACAGUGUGGACAAAAGUCUCAGCCAUUUAUACUUACAGGACUAUCAGACUUGGCUGGACCUGCGGGAGCUGGAGACUAAACUCGGAGAGCGCUACAUCACCCACGAGAGCGACGACAGCCGCUGGCAGAUGUUUGCCCGGGAACACACUUUGCCAUACCCUGCUCACCUUGUGCCUCCUCCUCCUGCACCGGCCUCUGAUGAUGAGGAGGGUGGGGAGGAUGCGGAUGUGCAAGGUCUCACUGAGAGGGUAAGCAUCCUCUGACGGCAGAGACACGGAGGACUCAAGCUCAUUUUGAAAGGAAGCAGAGGGAGAAGGAGGAUGGCAAGAUUCACCUGGAGUCUGAAAAGGACAUGAAGUUACAAAGAAUCACCGUUCUGAGAAAAACAGAUGAGUGUCCAGCUUGUUUAGUCUUUCAAUGCACACCAUUUGCUGUCUGUCAGCAUUAAAUCCAAUUUCCCUCCUCCAGCUUGAGGUCCUCAAAAUGUCCUUUUAAUCAUUUACCUCACUCUCACUGGCCCUCUUUCAUCUUUGGAAGUGUUGAAUUCCUCUCACAGCCUGACUCUAUUUCACAUUGUCUGUUCAGCUGACCUGGCAGGUCUUCUCAGAUAAAACUGGAGUCAAACUUUAAAUCAGAAUUUGUCACAAGAAUAAAAUGGAACAUUCCUUUCCUCUCCCUGCGAUGUGCCUCAACACGUAGCAGGAAAUAGCAUUUCACCGCAAAGCGACGAUAAGAAUUGUGGGUUUGUUUUUCAAGGUAUUUUUCUAUACAAAUAAUAGUAGAAUUUAAGUGACUGUGCAAAUAAAAGGAAAAUUAAGGCUUGUUUUUAGUGUCACUGAGCUGAGCUGACUGGAAUUACAGCCCAUCUUGUGUCUUCAUUAAAGGCCGGUUCAAUCUCUUUUCAGUGAUGGAGCUCUUUACAGUGACAAAAGAUUUCCUCUGUGCUGGUAAUUACUGCAGUGAAUGCAUGGAGGCAAAUCCAUCUGUAUUCACAAAUGCAUUCCCAUAAAUUCAUGUCUUGCAGUGAAAACUAAAGUAUUGAUCUGGGGGACAGCAAGUCCUCCAGUAAUUACCGCUAGUUUCAAGCCACAAUAGAGUCCUAAAAAGCAUUUGUCAUUAAAGAUGCCACUGUGGGUUUAAAUGAGCUCUAAUAUUGAGGAUGUUACCUACCACGACCAGACAGUUUUCAGUCAUGGGAGACGGUUUCUACCUGCAGCCGACAGAUUAGACAACAUAAGCCUCAGAAGCUCCUGCUGAACGGUGAAAAUUGCCUCUAUUGAUAUUGAUGUUCCUGAAGUGAAGCAGUUCAUUGAAAUGAUGAACAAGUCUUCACAGCUGACUGUAUUGAAGACUCAUGUACAGUUAACGAUGAGCACAUAAAUGGACUAGAGAAGAUUUCUCUCUGUGAUGUAAGUGCGAGGACAGACAGCUUGGGUUGCUAAACUAGAUUUUGUUAUCGACUACCUUUAAUGUCAAUAUGUUGCAUGUUUCUGUGAAGUACAAUUAUCUAGAUACAUCGUUGAACAUACUGUAGUUACAAUAGUCUACUAUACAAACGUGUAACCUGAAGUUGAUGUAGUUUGUCAAAUAUGUGUAGACUGUGUCCAACAUGUUUGAAGGAUGAUCCUGGACUCUAUGACAGAUAAUACAAACCUUCAACAGUA